GCCCGGCCGGCCGGCAGCCUUAACAGCAGCAGGGCUGCGGAGGUUAGGUGCCCGGCUUCCCUGUCAAGGCGAGGCCCCCUCGAGGCGGCGAAGGAGACGCCACAGCGUUCACUAGCGCCGGGGCUCAGCCAGGCGGUGCGCGAGCCGGUUGCGGGCACCUCGAUGGUGGACUCCCUAAAUAUUCGGUGGGCCCACGGCCCUGCCCGGUCUCCGAAGCCGCAGGUCGCCGACCCCGCACCAUGAAGGACGCAGGGUCUUCCUCGAGGGCAGCGUCCCGGCCGGAAGGGGCUGCGGCGAUGCCGAGCCUCCGAGCUGCCCCUGUCGCCCGGCCUUGCCUGUAGGACGUCAGGGCCCUCGACCCGGCCCAGGCCUGACCGGCACCCGGUUCUUGUGUCCGCGCCACAUUCGGCGACCCCAUCCCUGGCUUUGACGUGAGGAGGGAGGCUCUGGUCCGGGGAGACCGCGCCCGCCCGCCAUGAAGACAGAGACGGAGAUCCUGGCGCCGGAGCGCCCGGCCGGGCCCGGCGUCAGUCACCUGCUGAGUAGCCGGAAGCUGGUGGCCCUGGGGGCCGUGCUCGGCUGGCUCCUGGUCAUCCACCUCCUGGUCAACGUGUGGCUUCUGUGCCUUCUGUCUGCGUUGCUGCUGGUGCUGGGAGGAUGGCUGGGCUCUGACGCCAUCGUGGGGGCUUCAGGGCGGCUGCACCUGGAGCGCUUCAUCCCAAUGGCCGUCUGCCCCCCAAACCCAGAGGCCGAGAGGCAGCUGGAGCAGGAGAUCGACCGCACCAUCCGGAUGAUCAUGCGGGACUUCGUGUCGUCCUGGUACCACACGGUGAGCAAGGAGCCAGCCUUCGAGGAGGAGAUGGAGGCAGCCAUGCGAGGGCUGGUCCAGGAGCUCCGGAGGAGGAUGGCCAGGGUGGACAGCCAUGCUCUUGCCCAGAGGGUUCUGACUCUCUGCGGUUGUCACCUGCAGAGCUAUAUUCAGGCGAAGGAGGCCGCAGGGAAACAGAGUGGCCCAGGGGAGCCCUCCCAGCUCUGGGAGGCUUACUGCCGGGCCAGCGCUCCACACCCUGCAGUGCAGAGCCCCAGCGCUGAGGUCACCUACACACGUGGCAUCGUGAAUGUGUUGCUUCAGGGACUAGUGCCAAAGCCGCACUUGGAGACCCGGACCGGUAGGCACAUAGUGGUGGAACUCAUUACUUGCAAUGUCAUCUUACCACUGAUCAGCAAGCUCUCGGAUCCGGACUGGAUCCACCUUGUACUCGUGGGCAUUUUCUCCAAGGCCAGAACUAACCCAGCAGGAGUGGCUAAUCCACUCUGCCCAGCCAGUGCCCUGGAACAGCCCUCAGUGCCCACAUCUCUGCCGCUGAUUGUUGAGGUCCAGGGUCUCGCAGAAGCCCCUUCACCAACAGCAGCCCCAGUGCUCCUAAGCUGUAGUGAGCCAGACGGGCCUUCACACCCCUCCCCAGACGUUGAAGAAGGCCAUGAAGCGCUGGAGGGAGAUCUGGGGGGAGUGCUUGAGGAGAGAAAAGUCGAAAACAGCUCUUCUCAUUUCCUGCAGCCUCUGUUCUUGUCUGAAGAUGCAGAGCUGGGGUCUCCGUUGUCUGAACUGGGCAAAGAAACCAUCAUGCUUAUGACCCCAGGCCCUUUCCUCUCAGCGACGAUUCAGGAUGCCCUGCGUGCCCUUGGGGGCUCCCAGCCUCUGGAGCCUAAGGAUGGCAAGGGACCCGAAGGAAUAGAAGGAGCAGAAGCUGAGGAGGGUCCAGGAACAGAAACAGAGCCGGGCCUGCUUGCCUCCAUGCUGAAUUCCUGCCCAGAGAUCCAGAUUGACACAGCGGACAAGGAGGGAGAGCAGGGAAAUGACGCGCCUCUCACAACUUUGCUGCCCAGUCCAGAGACGAUAUGCCCCCCACGCCCCUCGUGUUUAGAGAAGGAUCUCACCAAUGGUGCGAGCUCCCUGGAUUCCAGUCUGCCACAGGUCCUGCUCUCCUCCUCUCCACCUGGACCCCUCAGCUCAGCCACCUUCAACUUCGAGUCCCUGGGCAGUCCAGACGGCCCCGUGGUCAUCCAAAACCUUCGCAUCACUGGCACCAUUACUGCUCGAGAGCACAGUGGCACCGGUUUCCACCCCUACACGCUCUACACGGUGAAGUAUGAGACGGCCCUCGACGGCGAGAGCAGCGGUGGCCUGCAGCAGGUGGCCUACCACACCGUGAACCGCCGCUACCGCGAGUUCCUGAACCUGCAGACCCGUCUGGAGGAGAAAUCGGAUCUGCGAAAGUUCAUCAAAAAUGUGAAGGGCCCUAAAAAGCUCUUUCCAGAUCUUCCAUUUGGAAACAUGGACAGUGACAGGGUGGAAGCCCGCAAGAGCCUCUUGGAAUCGUUUCUAAAGCAACUCUGUGCCAUUCCUGAGAUCGCGAACAGUGAGGAGAUGCAGGAGUUCCUUGCUCUCAACACAGAUGCUCGUAUUGCCUUUGUUAAGAAGCCGCUUGUGGUCUCCAGAAUAGACAAGAUGGUGGUGAGUGCUAUCGUGGACACGCUGAAGACCGCGUUCCCUCGCUCUGAGCCCCAGAGCCCUACAGAGGAGCUGAGUGAGGCUGAGACAGAAAAUAAGCCCCAGACAGAAGGCAAGAAGACUUCCAAAUCCAGAUUGAGGUUCUCAUCCAGUAAAAUUGCUCCAGCACUGAAUAUAACUGAGGCCCACGAGAAGGUUCUCUACUGUCUCCAGGACAGCGGUGUGGAGUCAGAGACCCUCUCCGUGUCUGGGAUGGAAUCCUUUAUUGAAAAACAGGCAAAGUUACUAGAAGUGCAGCCCGCAGAUGCUCCCGGAAGAGAUUCUGAAGAGACUGCUGAGGGCUGUGUGGACGGUCGCGUGUCAGAUGCUGCUGCUCCAGCCCAAGGCCUCAGCAGCAGUGACCCAGGAACAGAGACCGAGUUGGCUGACACAGCCCUGGACCUGCUUGUCUUGCUGCUCAUGGAACAGUGGCGAUGGCUGUGUACAGAGAGUAUGCAGAAAGUUCUUCAUCUUGUCUUCGGGACCCUAAUCCAGAGAGGACGUGUCUAUUCACCAACGGUAUACAGUCACCGUGACUACCAACAACGAGGAAGAAAAGAGAAAACCAUCGCGUGCUCUCCUAGUAAAGAUUAGUUUCUCCAGAAGGGGUGGACAUGGUCACAGCUGAAGAAGCACUGACACAUGGUGGUGGGGAAUAGGAUACUGAGAUUUAAAACUUGGAUUGUAUAAUUCCAGCACCAGUUGAAUUUCCUGAAAAACUGGUACGCAGAUGGAGUUUCUAGUGCUGGCUUUCUAACCAUGAAACUGAUGCAAGCUUUGCUCAACUGAAGGAGUCCAGGAACCCUGUCUCUGAACCAGACAGACACACUCAGCGCUUGAGCUGUGGCUGCUCAUGCUUUGACCUCUCCCGUGUGAGACAUCCUGGCAGAUCCCAAAGUCGGGAGCCGAAUCCUGAACCUUCUGUUAGCAUGUGACUCAUGCUAAUAGGUCACUCCGAAACUAACAGUUCUAUUUAAAAAAAGAGUUAUGUAUCUAUUCUACAAUAAGUAGGAAAUCCAUUAAUGUUAACUUUCCUUCUGGGCAACUGUCUUGGUCAUUUUCCUUUACUCAUUGAGAAAAUAUUAAGGUCUGGUUAGUAGUGAACAAAACAGACACGGUCCCUCCUUUCACGUAUUCUAUGGUUUAAUGAGGGUGAGAGCUGAGGGCCUUGUCCAUGUUCACCAGGUGAGUACUUGGCAGAGGCGCAAGCCUCCCUGGUGUUGCACAGCCCGCAUUCUUAUCCACCGCAGCAUACUACUGCUCUGCUGUGUGUCAUCUCUCUGAGCUUUGGAAUCAGCAUGGUGUCUGUCUGCAGGUGUCUUGGUGCAUAGAAAGUGUUCCAGUAAAUGUUAAGUCUUCGUACUUGCGAUUCAGAAAAAUGGAAGGAUGAGAAGUGGAUUCUGUGUCUGAUUCCUCCAGCUUGUGGCCCCAGGUUCCCUCCCCGUUGAGGGUGCCCCACCCAGGUCAGGCUCCAGCUGCAGCUUCCGCUGCUCCUGUUACUCUGUGUUCCCUGAGCCACACAGAACCCGUUCUUCUCAGCGGUACGACCUUGUGAGGCCUUCCCGGGUGACUUUGUGCCUGUGACCAGAGCGUCCGUGGGUCUGACAGCAGGAGGCAGCCCCCAGGCCCCCUGCAGCACAGGUUCUGUCCCGGGGCGGCAGUGUUCUCCAGGCACUCCUGCUUCCCCGCGUGCAGAGCUCCUGGAGUCAGGGCUGCCCUUCCUCAUGAGAAGAGCCUGGAGUCAGGCUCAGUUCCUCCCCUCCCCACCCCUGUGCCCUGACAGUGGCAUGGGAACCACACCUCGGGUUAGCUGGGUGGAUGGCUAUCUGGUGAAUGUAGCUUAUGCCCUAAACAACAUCAGAGAGAGAGCUUAUGGCUGAAUCCUGCUUGACCUG